AUGUCGUCUUCCCGCCCCCGCCAAGACGACGACACCGUCUCCGAGGCUGGCUCCCUCUCUUCGAGGCGUUCGGUCCCCAACCCGCCCACACUCGACACCCACGUCUCCAACGCUGCCCGCCCCCGCCCCAAGUUCGUCUCCUUCGGCCGCAAUUCCGAGCCCGGUGGCCCGCCCGACCGCGAGUUCAUCAACGAGUCGUCGCCUCUCAUCAACCCUUCGGACCGCGCCCGCGAGACCGACCGCCUGCUCAAGGAGCCUCUGACCCCAAACUAUGGCCAGGAAGACGACGACUACUUCCCCGAGUUCGAGGAGACCAAGAGCAGCUUCUUCCUCUUCCUUCUGACCCUCGGUGGCCUCGGCCUCCAGAUCGGCUGGUCCGUCGAGACCUCCAACGGCUCCCCCUAUCUGCUGUCCCUCGGCCUCAGCAAGUCCAUGCUGGCUCUCGUCUGGAUCGCCGGUCCCCUCUCCGGUGUCCUCGUCCAGCCCUACGUCGGCCUCAAGAGCGACAACUGCAGAAUCACAUGGGGCAAGAGGCGUCCCUUCAUCAUCGGCGGCGCCCUGGCCACCAUCGCCUCCCUGAUGCUUCUCGGCUGGGCCCGCGAAAUCGUUUCUGCCAUCGGCCACCUCUUUGGCGCCCACCCGGAUUCGUACUGGGUAGUCACCCUCACCAUGCUGUUCGCCAUUCUCUUGGUCUACGUCCUCGACUUCGCCAUCAACGUCAUCCAAGCUGCCAUCCGCGCAUACAUUGUAGAUGUGGCCCCGACCCACCAGCAAGAAUCUGCCAACGCCUGGCUCAUGCGCUCCGCUGGUGUGGGAAACAUCGCCGGCUACCUGGCUGGCUACAUCAACCUCCCUCUGUACCUCCCGUGGCUUGGCGGAACUCAGUUCAAGGUCCUCUGCGCCAUUGCCUCGUUCAUCAUGGCCCUCACCGUCGGCAUUAGUUGCACCGCCGGCGAGCGAGACCCUACCCGAGACCCCGCUCCCACCGAGCAAAAGGAGGGCGUCCUCGCCUUCUUCAACGGGCUCUCCGUGUCUGUCAAGAGGCUUCCCGACCAGAUCAAGCGUGUCUGCGAGGUUCAGUUCUUCGCCUGGAUUGGCUGGUUCCCCUUCCUCUUCUACAUCACCACCUACGUCGGCGAGAUCUACGCGGAUCCCUUCUUCGAGGCCAACCCGCACAUGUCCGACGCAGAGAUCGACCAGGUCUGGGAGGACGCCACCAGAAUCGGCACCCGUGCCCUUUUGGUCUUCGCCUGCACUACCUUCCUGUGCUCGGUCGUUUUCCCCUUUGUCAUCCCGCCCAGCUUCCAAGCGCCCGAGCCCGAGCCGCAGCCGCCCACACCUGGUACACCCAUGAGACCCACCACCCCCCUGACACCCGCAACCCCUCACUCCAUGGGUGGCUCUGGCUACUUCACCCUGAGGCCCAAACGCACAGCACCCCCCAAGACGAAGACGGAGAAGUUUUCUGCCGCUCUCGACAAGCUGCAGAUCAAGUCGCUGACUCUCCGUCGUUGCUGGUUCUUCUCGCACAUUCUCUUCGCUGUCCUCAUGGGUUUGACGUUUGUGAUCAAAUCUACCAUGGGUGCCACCAUCCUCGUCGGCGCCAUCGGUGUUCCCUGGUGUCUGACUGGCUGGGCUCCUUUCUCCAUCAUCGCCUCGGAGAUCUCCAAGCGAGAUGCCAUUCGCCGUGGCAUCAUCAAGCCCACGGACGACGAGAGCCAGGCGAUCGCUGAGGGUGCCGAUGCGGAGGGCGCCGACUCUGCUGGCGUGGUUCUCGGCAUUCACAAUGUCGCCAUCGCUGCUCCCCAAGUCAUUGCCACGCUCGUCAGCUCCGUCCUCUUCAGGCUGCUCCAGAAACCUCGGGGCGUAGCCGGCGACGACAGCGUGGCUUGGGUGUUGCGAUUCGGCGGACUCUGUGCUUUGGUCGCUGCCUGGCUGACGCUUCGAGUACACGAGGAGAAGAACCUCGAUGAAGUCGAAGACGAGAGGCCUGCCAGGAGGAGGCGUCUGUCAGAACUGUCCAACAUGGAGUCCAUUCUUGAGGGUCGCGCAGGCCGAUAG